AUGAACCCAACACCAGCUACUACCACCGAAAGCCAUAAGGCUACCCCUGAUUUGUCUCCCAUUGUCAUUGUCCUCAUCGUCUUCGCCAUUCUCGCUGUCAUUGCACUCUUUGCACUUGCCUGGCUCUUCUGUCUCCGACAAAACUUCAAACACAAGCGUCGUUCUACUUCUCCGCCAUCACCCACCUGCCACGACCUUGUUUUUUCAUCUAUACUACAGCAUCCCCCAAAGCCGUUUGUUCCUACUGCAACCAAGAAAUAUAACCGUACAGACCAGACUACAAUGUUUGAAGAUGGGUAUUCAUACUCUAGUCACCAAUCCAACUCCAGAAAACCAGUCGCUACCUACGACAGUACAGAUCCUAUCCUCAUGUCGCUGGCUCGACAGCGAGAAGAAGACAGAGCCGGAUAUUACCGAAGUCCUUCCCGAUUCACGGCUCCAUAUAUUAACAGUGCUAAUAGCAGCAAUACUUCUUCAUUUGUUCCACCUUCCCCCGGAGAGCUCUUGCGUGACGAAGAGGCUGCUACAAUGCAUCGCAUGUCCAUUUCAUCAUAUCAUGUUUGUUGUGGGUCAUCUUCGGCAUCUUUCUCGAAGAUUUAUAUCGAAAGAGAAAAAGCGAGAAAGAGAGAAAGAGAGAUAAAGAAACACAGACAAAGAAGCAUGGGGUUGAAUAAUACAACACAGAGCGUAGUUAAUGCACGAUCAUCUGCAGAUGGUCAAUGCUUCAAUAUGAUGAAAUAUGUCUUGGCUAUUGUCAGAACCUAA